GGCCAUGAGUGAUUGGUGCUGGGCUCAGCUUGGGCUGGUCCGGCCCCCACUCUGACAUCCGCCCGCCAGCCGGGCCUGCCCAAGAGCAGCGGCCUGCUGGGCCCAGCACCUGCCAUGGUGCCGGGGCAGUGGGCAGCCCCAGUAGGUGGAUGGAGCAGAGCCUAUGGGAUGGGAGGAUGGACCGGCAUCUGAAGCCGCCCCGCUUCCGGGCCUUAUUCAGCCUCUGGCUGCCCAGGAAACAGCGGGCAAGGCCUGGUGGGGCACCAGUGCCUACCCUGGGCCCCAGCCUGAGCCAAGACACGGAUGAAGGCAUUGUCAAAGAGAUCUCUAUUACGCACCAUGUCAAGGAGGGCUCAGAAAAGGCUGACCCAUCCCAGUUUGAGCUCCUGAAGGUCCUGGGCCAGGGUUCCUUUGGCAAAGUCUUUCUGGUGAGGAAGAUCACCCACCCAGACAAUGGGCACCUCUAUGCCAUGAAGGUGCUAAAGAAAGCAACCUUGAAAGUUCGGGAUCGAGUCAGGACCAAGGUGGAGAGAGACAUUCUGGCUGACGUCAACCACCCGUUUGUGGUGAAGCUUCACUAUGCCUUCCAGACAGAGGGGAAGCUCUAUCUCAUCCUGGACUUUCUCCGGGGAGGAGACCUCUUCACACGCCUCUCCAAAGAGGUCAUGUUCACAGAAGAAGAUGUGAAGUUCUACUUGGCUGAACUGGCUCUGGGCCUGGAUCACCUGCACAAACUAGGGAUCAUCUACCGAGACCUCAAGCCCGAGAACAUCCUUCUGGAUGAAGAAGGGCAUAUCAAGCUCACAGAUUUUGGCCUGAGCAAGGAGGCCAUCGACCAUGAGAAGAAAGCCUAUUCCUUCUGUGGGACCGUGGAAUACAUGGCGCCUGAAGUCGUCAACCGCCAGGGCCACACCCACAGCGCCGACUGGUGGUCCUACGGGGUGCUGAUGUUUGAGAUGCUAACAGGCUCCCUGCCCUUCCAGGGGAAAGACCGGAAGGAGACCAUGACACUGAUUCUCAAGGCAAAGCUGGGCAUGCCCCAGUUUCUGAGCACGGAAGCACAAAGCCUCCUUCGAGCCCUGUUCAAGAGGAAUCCUGCCAACAGGCUGGGCUCUGGUACUGAUGGUGCCGAAGAGAUUAAGAGGCAUGUCUUCUAUUCUACCAUAGACUGGAAUAAACUGUUUCGUCGUGAGAUCAAACCCCCCUUCAAGCCUGCAGUCGCCCAACCCGAUGACACCUUCUACUUUGACACGGAGUUCACUUCCCGAACACCCAAGGACUCCCCGGGCAUCCCCCCUAGUGCCGGGGCCCACCAGCUCUUCCGGGGCUUCAGCUUUGUGGCUACAGGUUUGAUGGAUGACGAUGGCAAAGUCCGGGCCCCACAGGCCCCACUGCACUCAGUGGUCCAGCAACUUCAUGGGAAGAGCUUGGUUUUCAGUGAUGGCUAUGUCGUGAAGGAGACCAUUGGAGUUGGCUCUUACUCUGUGUGUAAGCGCUGUAUCCACAAGGCCACCAACAUGGAGUAUGCGGUCAAGGUCAUCGACAAGAGCAAGAGGGACCCCUCAGAGGAGAUAGAAAUCCUUCUGCGCUAUGGCCAACACCCCAAUAUUAUCACCCUGAAAGAUGUGUAUGAUGAUGGCAAGCACGUGUACCUGGUGACGGAGCUGAUGCGAGGCGGGGAGCUCCUGGACAAGAUUCUUCGGCAGAAGUUCUUCUCAGAACGUGAGGCCAGCUCUGUCCUGCACACACUCUGCCGGACCAUGGAGUACCUGCACUCCCAGGGGGUGGUGCACAGGGACCUGAAACCCAGCAACAUCCUUUAUGUAGACGAGUCCGGGAACCCUGAGAGCAUCCGAAUCUGUGACUUCGGCUUUGCCAAGCAGCUUCGAGCGGAGAAUGGGCUCCUCAUGACCCCCUGCUAUACCGCCAACUUUGUGGCCCCAGAGGUCCUGAGGCGCCAGGGGUAUGAUGAAGGCUGUGACAUCUGGAGCCUGGGUAUCCUUCUCUAUACCAUGCUGGCUGGAUACACUCCCUUCGCAAAUGGUCCUAGUGAUACCCCAGAGGAGAUCCUGACGCGGAUCGGGGGAGGAAAAUUCACUCUCAGUGGUGGAAACUGGAACAUGAUUUCAGAAACUGCCAAGGAUCUGGUGUCUAAGAUGCUCCACGUGGACCCUCACCGGCGCCUGACAGCCAACCAGGUUCUCCAGCACCCAUGGGUCAUGCAGAAGGACAAGCUCCCUCAGAGCCAGCUGUCCCAUCAGGACGUGACGCUUGUAAAGGGCGCCAUGGCCGCCACCUACUCGGCACUGAGCAGUUCCAAGGCCACCCCGCAGCUCAAGCCUAUCGAGACUUCCAUCCUGGCCCAGCGACGCGUGAAGAAGCUACCUUCCACCACGCUGUGAAGGGGUCGGAGAGCACGUCGCCGGCCGCGGAGCUGCCCCGUCACCAUCGACUGCACGUUUUCCCGAGGAAAUCUGCACUUAAUCUGCCUGGGCAGGGCCCUGGGAGCCAGCCAGGUGGGAGCUCCCGGCACGUAGCCAGCGUGGAUGGGCUCCCCUGGAGGAUGGGGGAGGGAGGAGUGCAAAGUGCCUUUCUGCUCCCACAGCACGGACCAUUCUUGGCAGGGACUCUCCUGACUGGAAUCAAUCACUGUACAAACUCUUUUUUACAAAAGAAAGAUGGGGGUGGGGGGGUGAUCAGUUCUUUUUUCCAGGAUGUGUUUGUUGGAAAGAGGAAUAUUAACUAUACACAGAAGGAGGGCCACAAAGCAAGGAGUGAAGGGACCCUCCACCUCUGGGGAAGGGGUCCCUUGGACCCGUCAGACUAGGUUGGGGCAUGGACGUCUGUCUUUGGUGCUUCUGAGAUUUGAGGGUCCCUGCUUCCUGGACACCCUCUCUGGACUCCCUCUGCCUUCCAGCUGCCCAUCUUCACUUCAGUGCCCUUGGCCUUGCAAUAAAAGGAUUCUUUCCCCAGGAUCCUCUUGGGCCCAGCUUCAAGAGAGGUGGCUGUGCUGCUUUCUGUGGCCAGUGGAGCCAGAAGCAGCCCGGCUUAUGGCUGGCUUUAUUCCAGCUGAACAAUUAAAAUGCAGGCUUAAGCCCUCCACCCGCCCCGCCCCACCACCUGCCAGACCAGGGGUGCCAGGGUCACAAAAGCACUUUUUGAAUGACUUGAGAUUCACCACUGGACACAACUCCCUAGAGCCAAACGUAAUUUUGAGGAUAUGUUGGGCUUACGGGAGGGGAGAGAGAGAGUUUGGGGUCUGUUUUUGUCUUCAUUUUUUAAGUUUGUUCCUUGGCUGGUUACUCAGGGUUUAUCUGUCUGUAAACUUUCUAAUAAACUUAUUUCUGAGUUGAGAGAA